AUGAUUUUUAAAUAUUUUUUUCGUAGCUUUUAUAUCCGUUCUGGUCUUUUCUCUAAUGCUAGCAGAAAAAUAUCAACGUUGUUACCUUCUCAAACUUCAAAUACUAUUUUUGCAUUGUCUUCUGCACAAGGAAAAGCAGGUGUUGCAAUAAUACGAGUUUCAGGACCGAAAGCUUCCGAAGCUGUCAAUCGAUUUUCAUUAAAAAAUGCAAAAUUUCCCAAACCACGCGUAGCGACACCGCGCUCGAUAUUGCACCCAAUAACGCGUGAAGUAUUAGAUUAUGGACUGGUUUUAUGGUUUCCAGGGGAAGAUGUUGUUGAAUUUCAUAUACAUGGUGGAAACGCAGUAAUUCGAGGCAUAUUAGAUGCGCUUUCUAGUCUAAAAGAGUUUAGGCACGCAGAACGAGGUGAAUUCACCCGAAGAGCUUUUGAUAAUGAUAAACUUGAUUUGACAGAGAUUGAAGGUAUUGCUGAUCUAAUAAAUGCUGAAACUGAGAUGCAACGAAGACAAGCGUUACGUCAAGCGCAGGGGAGACUUCGUAAUUUAUAUGAAACUUGGAGACAACAAUUGAUUGAGAACAUGGCUCUUGUUGAGGCUGUGAUCGAUUUUGGAGAAGAGGAAAAUAUUGAGGAUGGAGUUUUAGAUCGAGUUAGACGUAAUAUUCAUAAUCUGGUGAAAAUUAUGUCAGAUCACAUUAAUGAUAAUCGUCGUGGUGAGAUAUUACGCGAUGGAAUUCACGUGACCAUCAUGGGACCUCCAAAUGCUGGGAAAAGUAGUUUUUUGAAUUAUUUAGCACAGCGACAAGCUGCUAUUGUAUCACCAAUUCCAGGAACAACUCGUGAUAUAGUAGAUGUUUUUUUAAAUAUCGGGGGAUAUCCAAUUGUUAUUGGUGAUACUGCAGGAUUAAGAAAAUCGGACGAUGUAAUUGAGAUUGAAGGCAUUAAAAGGGCUAAAGAUAGAAUAAUGACUGCCGAUAUCAAAAUAUGUAUUCUCUCAUUACCUGAGAUUUUGAACAAUAACGAAAAAGAAAAUUUUAACAUGUCUUUUAAAGCAUUUGAUGAACCCAUUAUUAAAAAUUCAAUAGACAAGGAUACACUAUUAAUUCUGAAUAAAAAAGAUUUAGUCAAUAACGAGAACCACCAUGAGAUGAUUAUGAUUCCACAAUUAGAGCAAAAUAUUCGUGAGUUAUUUGGCACGAAUCCUGCCUGGGAAGUAUCUUGUGUUACAGGCGAAGGCAUGCAAGAAUUUUUGACGGGAUUUUUAGAUUUGAUUAAAGACAAAUUUGAUUCAACGUUUACGCAAACCGCCUUAAUUACACAGUCUCGGCAUCGACAACUUGUCUCGGAGUGUAUUCAUUAUUUGGAAAAUUUUUCAAAUGCUGAUGAUGUUGUACUGGCGGCUGAAGAAUUACGAUACGCAGUAAAUUGCGUCGGAAAAAUUACUGGAAGAGUGGAUGUUGAAGAAAUUUUGGAAAUUACAAAUUUGAUAAAUCGGCUAAGCUUUAAACCAAUGCCAGACCGUUCAGAUUUUACCUAUUAUGGGAAUAAUAAUGUUAGCAGCACCUGGAUUAAGAACACCUGGAGUGGGUACCAGUAUCAAACACCAGUAAUUCUCCCGAGUCAAAACGCGCUCGACUGGGAGCUGCCCUUCCAUUUGCAAAAUAAAAAAAACGCACCUUCUCCUUCAAAGCCACGAAAGUCUUUCGAUCCAACAGCACCUCUGCUUCCCUCAAAAAGUGAUCGGCCCAAUUAUUGUCAAGAUCAUGCCAGUCAUCUGAAACUGAUGAAGCAACAAUGA